AUGGCGCAAUUGCUGCAGGAUCAAUUGCUUGACAUGGGGGCAAAGCCGUUGCCUCAAGACCUUGCGCGUUCUAAUGUCACAGUUGCUGCAGCUCGAGCUGCAGCCGGGUGGCAAAGCAAUAAGAGGGUCUUGCCUUUGGUUUCGGAGUUCAAACAUGUGGUUCAUGUCAGUGGCACGUUUGAUGCAUCGUUCGUGCAGUCUCUUCAUGUGGGCAGCAAGCUGGCAGCAGAGUGGACGGUGCCAGCCACGUCCACGGCAACUCCGUGUUAUGUUGCAUCUGUGCCGUCAGGGUCUAAAGUGCUUCGCAUCCUAACCAAGCCGGGGGAAAGUGCAGAGGAUGCUAAUUCCCGUGCCGGGCACUCUAAGCCGGCAUGUCCUUGUCUUCAGCCGCCAUCUGAAGAUUCACAUCCUGCUGAGAAAUGUGCCUACGGGAUGUGCCAGCAGAGCCGACCUUUUGGGGAUGAUGAGUUCCGGACUUUUCUUGAUAUGCUACCCAUGAAACAGCAAAAGAGGGGACGAGGUGACACCGAUGAUUAUUCCAAUCAGUUCUUGUGUGGGGCCUACGCACAUGGGCCGAUGAUUGGAUGUAAAAAUCUUACGCGUGAAAUGCCUUGGUGUGCAGCUGUGUUGUGCAGGCAUGUUAGAGAACGGGCCCCUGGUUUCCCGUUUUCUGCUGUGGGCUUUCUGUUUAACGUAAAGGCUAAAGCUCAUAGAGAUUUGCACAACGAGCCUGAGCCUGGCACCAAAAACCUUGUCAUGGCUACGCAUGCUUGCUCAGGCGGAGGACUUUGGCUCGAGGACGCCGGCGGGCGUGUGGCCGUCGACGUCGGGCAAGGUUGCCGAGUAGGCAAGAAUCACACCCUAGCCGUUGGCAGGCCUUUCACUUUUGAACCGCGCAAGUGGCAUGCUACUCAACUGUGGCGCGGGGAUCGUGGGAUCGUCGUGGCCUAUACGCCAGCAGGUGUGACCAGGCUCGGCGACGCGGACAGUGCUUUCUUGCAAGGCUUAGGUUUUCCUUUGAGGUGCAUGCCGAGCCAGCCGACAGCUCCCGAGGGUUCAACUGGAACCGGCGGUUCGGCCGACGCACAUAAAGGCAGCCUUUCCUUCGGUGUCUACCAUGCGCCUCAGGAGUUUGUUGCAAAGGCACUGUCGGAGCAACACCCAUGCCACUUGGAAAGUUUGCUGCCUGCUGAGUUGGUUCAGGCAAUCCGGGUGAACCACUCUAAGAGUGCUGCCGUGCUUGGGCAAGAGCGUACUGAGACGCUUCGCAAGUGGGUAGAGCGUGCAUCCGAGUUAAGCGCAGACGAGGAACAGCUCAAAAAUUCCUUUAGCCCUCACCGUCAAAAGAUCCUGCACUCAAAGCGGUUGCUCUUGAUGAAGGAGAUGUUGGAUAGUGUUGGGCAUGAGGAUGAAGAUCUGGUCUCCGAUCUGUCGACAGGCUUUGACUUGACAGGACCGCUGCCGCGGUCCCAUGUCUUCAGGGACAAGUAUCGUCCAGCGGCGAUGGCCGAAGAGACUUUGAGAAAAAGUGCUAGGAUAGUUAGGGGUCAGGUUUUAGGUGCCGUGAAAAGUUCAGGCGACGAGGUUGUGGACCAAGGAGUGCUUGCUGCAACAGAAAAGGAGCUUGCGAAGGGGUUCGUGGAAGGCCCGGUCCCCGAGUCUAGCAUUCCGCCUGAUGGAACGAUCACGCAUCGUUUCGGCGUGGUGCAAGGCCAAACUGACGAAGGCCCUAAGAUUCGCCCUAUCGAUAACUACCUUAGCUCUCUCGUCAACGCGGUCGUCUCUCAGAGCGAGCAGGACAGUUUCUUCGUGAUCUUUUGCCCAAAGUUGCGCAAGCACGUCAUCUAUAAGCAACGCGUCAUGCCCUUCGGGGCCAAGGUCCUAGGGAUCAAGAUCGACACCUCAGAGGCCCGACUUGGAAUGUUCAAGAUGGAGAACACACUUAAGCGCGUGAAUGAGCUUGUCCAAAGUUUGGAUGCCGUGCUCGCCAGUGGCAAGUUGUCCCAUAGCGAGUGUGAAAAGUUAAGAGGUAGGCUGCAGUUUGCUUCAGGUCAGCUUUUCGGCCGGCGUGCAAAAGUGGCGUUGCAUCAGCUGAGCCGACACCAUGGCGGGCGUCUGGGAGAAUCUUCACUUGAGGCGUGUCGUUUCCUCAGGGAUAUGAUCUCCUCGAACAAGAGCCGGGUGCUAAGCCGACAGCUGGGGAACACUGUCCAUGUCUACGUGGACGCUUCCUUCAGUGACGAAGGUAGGACUUGUGGCAUCGGAGGCAUGGCUUAUGACAAGGAGGGCACUUUGCUUCAAUG